CCCUUUAAGACGGCGCUUACGAAUCACAUCCGGGUACAAAGAGGCAUCAACAUGGACACGGGGGAUGUUCUUGCAUCUCUGGGUGUGGAAGGCGCCACAGCCGCAGCACAUGCGCUCUCCCUCCCAGCAGAGGCCUACGGCAACGAUGCUCAGCUGGAGGUGAUGUGGGCUAUGAAGGCCUACAACCAUGCAGAGGUUUACUUCAAUCUCAUCUCCUCUGUGGACCCCAAAUUUCUUAAACUAACAAAAUCCGAUGACAUGAUCUACACUAAAUUCAGGGAAGACUUUCCUGACUUUGAUAUUAAGAUUCUGGAUCCAGAACUUCUCAAGUCACCUGAAGCUAAAGAGAAAUGGAGACCCUUUUGCAAUCAUUUCGAACACCUUGUGGAAGACUUUAACUACGGCACAUUAUUACGUUUGGACUGUGAGAAGGACUACACAGAGGAGAACACGAUAUUUGCCACCAGAAUCCAGUUUUUCGCCAUAGAGAUUGCCAGAAACAGAGAAGGCUACAACAGCGUUGUCUACAACACCAGCGUGAAGACGAAACAGCAGAAGAAAGAGCAGUGUUAGCUCUGACAGCAUUACAUUUCAGUGGCCUUGUUCAUGUUGGUGCUUUGGGCCAGUCUGACAUCCCCAUGAUUCAACUGUCCUGUCCAGGCUUCGCCCACAAACGUGUUUUUUUCAUAGCUACUGUUGUGAGGUUGGACACGCUUUACAGAACGCUGGUAAAAGUCCCAUUCAACCUAAUGAGAAACUGUAGAACAGACUCAGUUUAUCACAAUACCUACAUUUAGAGCCAUAACAGUGUAGGCGGCAAUAUGAACUUGGCUUACUAGCAACACUAAAACAGCUGAAGCUGGUAAACCUUUGGCUUAGCCUAUCAGUUGUUUAUCCCUGAAAACAUUGAUUACACAACAACAAAAAACUACACCAGAUGUAUCCGAACACAUAUUAUUUGAAGUGUAUAUAUGACUGUCGGUACUGUGAUUUUCUUACUAGGUUGAACGAGAUUUCUCCCAGCAUUCCCUAAAGCUGGUUCAGCCUCACAUCAGUAGCUACAAGAAAUGCAUUUAUGGGCAGAGCCUGGACAGAUCAGUUGCUAUAUAAUGAGGAAAUCACUCUUUAAAGAAAGAACUUCAGGCAUAUGUGGACAAUAAAUUGCAUAAAAAAAAUGCCUCAGUUUAUGUAUUUAAGACGUAACAGUUAUUCAGUAGUGAAACAUAUUUUGAUUCUGUUUAUGCUAAAUGUGUUGUUUUUGUAACAAAUAAUCAAUAUUCAAACCCCAAA